ACUGUCUCAGCUUAAUCUGAGAAUGAGUUUUAAUCUUUUAAGAGAGGAAGAGAGAUGUCAGUGUGAGUGGAACUCCCCCAUUGAGGAGUACCAGACCUUCCAAGUGUUGGAGAAAGAGACUGUUGGUACAAUACUGGCUCUUGUAGCCAUUACAGCACCGUAGGCUCAGGUAUUUGAAAUCCCAACUAUGGAGUACAUUUUGUAUCUGAGUGGAAAUGUGCGGGUGAUUCGUCCACAAGCUGUAGGCACAGAGUUCAAACUAUAUCAAGCCACCCAGGUACUUCAACACCAGUCCUCAGCUAACGACUCUGCUUAUGUUCGGAGAGGUCCCAGACAAAUCACCAGCAGUUCACCAGCAAAUCACCCCUACUCCAUUAACAAUAUGCUCUUUGCAAAUGAGUUGUACGACCACUACUGUCCCUUUGAAAGACAAAAGGUCUGUCCUGACACCUUCCCGGGCAUGGUCACGGCCACCACACUUACUGCAGGAACUCCGACACCUCAUCCCACUCCAGCUCCCUCCCUCACCUCCACCAAUAGACUGACUCUUGCUAUCAGAGAGCGAGACGUGAAUAGAAUAGAAUAGAAUGGCCUUUAUUGUCAUUGAAGGUGCUCCCACAGAGCCACUAUGCACCACAACAGGAGAAAAAACCCCAAAACCUUGUAGUGUAAACUGUAAAAAAACACUGUAAAAAGGAUACCAGGAGGUAGUGCAAGUUGAGCAGAAGUAUAUACUGUAUACAUUAUACAUAGAACUACAGAUUUUAACAUUAAAGUUGUGCAUUUGUGCAAGAGAGAUUUCAAAGUGACCAGUGUCUGCAAAACAUUCUUGGUGUAGGUAGAUGAGGUGAUAAGUGUUGGAGCUGUUGGAGGGGUGGGGGUGUUAUUAUUUGUCUGUGGCUGGGGAAUAGGGGGGAAUAGGCUGUUCAAAAAACAAAACCCCUGCAAAGCCACAUCUCACCAGCUACCCUGAGGCAUUGUGCUAACCAGCAGGUCACAUACUUCCCCUUUUAGUCCUGUAUCUUUCCGGUACUUUCCAACAGUUCACAUACUUUCUCUUUUUAUCCUUGACAUUGACAGUUUACCACAGCACGUUUCUUUCAUUUAUUACACACUUCUUUUAAGAUUAUAAUGUUAAUCACAACAUUUCUUAACUUAUUAAUUUCAGCAUUAAGCACUUCUUCUGACUCUUUCUUAUAUCAAUCACUUUUAGUCAGAGUAUCAUUCUCUUAGUCUUAUUCAGACACUUUCCCUAUUUUGCGUUACCUGCAGAUAUAUUUAAAAACAUAUAAAUGAUUUUAUUUCAAGAUAUCACACAUUCUUUUCAUGCUUCAUUAUAUAAAUCAUUGUAUUCUUAAAUCACUGUAUUCUUUCCCUCGAUCACAUGUUUUUGCAAAACACUUUUACCCUUUUGAACUUCCCUGGAUCGGAGACAUGCCACCACUAUUGUUAUCUAACUGCCACAGAUAGAAUGACCUGAAAAGAACCACACCUGACGACGUUGUGAGUUUUACUCGCUGCGAGGGGGAGCUGAGAGACCAACAGCUUCGCAGAGUUGUGAAGGCAUCAUGUCACCAUAUACGCACUGCUCAUGACCUGCUCAUAGGAUCCACCCACACAAGGUUUCACCAGACGCCACUGGUGCAUGAACAUUGCACUAGACCCGCUUGCUCCAUAACCACAUAAUAUUACAUAUAGACAUAUAGCGCAUGCUCUGUAGAUGUGACUUGGUGACACAACCAUACCAAGACCUAUUUCUUAGAAGGAAUAGAUAGACAUUGAUUCUUGGAAGAUACGCUUUAGAACCCACAUAGACAUUUAUUCUUGGAAAAUAUGUAUUGUUGAUAUAAAAGUAUGCGCUCGGCGUACUGAAGGGAAUUAGAAUUAGAAUUUGGCUCUCGAUGCGCAUCCUGUAACACAAGCAUAACAACCCAGAGCUCUGCAAAUAAAGACCACUUCAAUUGGAACCUGAUUGCUUCUCUUCAUUAUCCAAUAAAAGAACACGACAAGAGCAGUUAUUUUUCUUUGCGUGCAUUAUUUUGGGCAAAUGUCACACUGUUCACAAAGAUGAUGAGGAAUAGAAGAUGGAGGAUGCUUCCUUACCAGAACUGCUUGUUUACCUGAUCUCCUGGUCCCUAACUUCCACCGGCUCCACCUCUAUCUCACCACUUGCCCCGCCUGCUCUCCUCACAUUGGACGAGAGCAGGACAUUGAAAGGCCAGCACCAGGGAAAAAAGUUUUUUCUUAGAGGCUGUAGGUUACAAAAUAACGGUCUUCUCUUGCGUACUGAUUUAAGCUGCGGAGAAAGGACCAGCUGUUGGUUUUACUACCAGGACCAGCGAACGGAGAAGUACGAACUACUCCGAAUAAAGAUGAUGAAUGGACAAUUCCAAACAGCUGGUCAGCACUCACAGACUGCAGGCCAAUGGACGUGGGACAAUUCCUCAGUAAGACUCCAACAACCUGGAGCAGCAGCUAACCCCUAUUCACAGAGGAGAACGAAUGUUUACCAACAAAAUGGUCAAAACACUGCAUUAUAUUCCAGGUUUUCUUAUCGGACACCAGCAAUCACCAAAAAAACGGUCAGUGAGUAUUCAAGGACUCAAACCUUCUGCAACAUGAGCAUAAACCCUCAUCAGUCUGUCCGCACACAGCAACAUGUUACAUAUUCUUGGAACCAACCGAGUGCACAGCAGCAAAUGAGUGGACAACAUGAAAGAACAUCAUCUAAUCUAAAUCAACAAAAUCAGUGGAUAUCUAAUCAAAAUGUGAAUGGCAUGCAAGCUAAAUCCUGGCCUAGUUACAUGUCCACAGCCACCUCACAUCCUCAGGGACAGAGGGUUUUCACAGGCAGUGUAGCAUCUGCCACCGCAAACAGCCACCAGGAUGGUAACAACAGAAUCUACAGUCAUGCCACAGACCCAAGAAUUUCUCAUUCUGUUGUUUCAAGUGACAUUAAAGCCCAAUCUCAACGUCAUAGAGCAGCCGGCUCAAACUUUACUUCAAACUCUUACGGCUGCCCAUUGGUACCCACUGAUCGGGAGAUGCCAACAAACAGUCAACCCCCUACAUCAAUUGUGGAUACUUCAAAGUUUCAACCCAGGUAUAAUGCCAAAGAAGUGCUCGUGAAACAAAUUCUUGAAUACCUCUACAAGCCAGACCCUGUCAACAAAGAGACUGGUCAACCUGUGCCUGUGGAUUCACAACCCCAGUCUAUGAACAGAGCAGUGACUUCUUCUGUCACAACAACUCUGGAGGGUUGUGGAAAUGCAACUCAAACCAACAUCUUCGCCCAGGGAAACCUUGUUCAAUCCACAGAGGAUGCAUCUCAGCCAAUGAAUUUAAAUUCUAGUAUUUCAACUCAAGGGACCCAGGCCUUGGCAUCUGCAGUUAACAAACAAAAUGAAAUAUCUCUUAACUCCUUCUCUACUGGUUCAGCUUCGCGGGCUGUCGCUGUGGUGCAACCAUUAUCUCAGGAGAGCUACCAGGUUGGCCACUACAAUUCCUCUUCCGAGACACAGAAGCCACAAGAUGAGUGCACCUCUACAGAUGGAUCAUUAUUAAAUUCAUUAUUAAAAAAUGAUGAUAAUUUAGGCAUACGUAAUGCACAGCUGCAAGAUACAAAUCAAAAAAGUUUGACUCUCAAAUCCAUCUGGCUAAUGUAG